AUGUCGCCGUUAACAUAUGCAGCUCUUGCUGCGACUCUUCUGGGAGCAGCGCAUUGCUCCCUCUACAACGAAAGCUCUGUGAAUCAUACCUGCAUCCUAGACCCGCCUGUGCUCUCAUGCUCGCCUGGUGCCGAUCCGUUGAAGGUGGACAGCUGCUGUACUGAAACCUUUGGGGGUCUCCUUCUUCAAACCCAGUUCUGGUCAACCUACACCGGGUUAGAACCCCUCCAACGGCUUCCUAUAGACACAUGGACAAAUCAUGGUUUAUGGCCUGACUUUUGCUCUGGAGCGUACACCCAGUACUGCGACCUGAAUCGCCAGUAUGACCCAGUACCCUCUCCAAACACGACGAACGCCUUGCCUAAUGGAACGGUGGUGCCCGCCUGGAAGGGUCCCUCAAUCGACACCUUCCUCAAAGCCUUCGGCCGAUACGACCUGAUAGAUUGGAUGAACACAUACUGGGUCAACCAAGGAGCUCCCAACACGGACUUCUGGGCGCACGAGUUUAGCAAGCACGCUACGUGCUUCUCGACCUUUGACAUUCCCUGCUAUGGGCCUCAGUACGUCGAACACGAGGACGUGGUAGACUUCUUCGAGACAGCCAUCAAAUGGUACAAGCGUUACCCAACAUGGGAGUGGCUCAACGAAGCCAAGAUCGUGCCGAGCAACAAGACGACUUAUUCUCUGGGAGACAUCGAGAAGGCAUUGACCAAGAAGUCCGGUGCCAAACCUUACAUCGGAUGCUCAGGACCACGAUACAACACCACCGACGCAGGAAAAGGCAGUAACGAUACCGGACGGACCGUCGUGAGUGAAGUGUGGUAUUUCAACCAUGUUAUCGGCCGUCCACAGGAAGGAAACUCGGUACCGGUGAAUGCCACAUCUAACAGCGGCUGCGCGAAGUCUGCAGGAGCGCUGCAUUACUAUGAGCCCACGCCUGGCUCAGUACAAGGAAGUAAGAAGUCUUGA